GCGAUGGACAGAGACAGUGGGUGGGCCACUUUUCAUAAUAUGAUGUACUAUACAAUAUCCAAGGCGAAGGAGGAGCCACGAGAUGUCAGACGGCGCAAAGAAUGCGGUCCUGAUAGAUGGGAUGUUCGAGUGGGACGGAUGGGAUGGUUUUGUUAUGAUUCUUACUUUCUUUUUUCUUUUCAGAUAUCUAGCUAGGAAAAGGCGCAAAUGUUUUUCUUUUUUGGAGUUUAGAGCUACGCGUCUGCAAAUCGUUCCAUUUUUUAUACGUCCUUUUUGCCUUUGCCAAACAUACGGGGAUGAAUGGAAUAGGGAGCUCGGUUCUGUCAGAUUUAUUUUUGUUCAGUCGAGAUGAAAUGAAGCACUUGGCUAGGAUUUUUGAGGUGCAGUAGUAAUAUUAUGUGAAAUUCUUGUAUUAUUUUGCCCAUCAAGUCUAAUGUGUAGUCUUCUAUAUAGUACCGUUGAGUCUCG